CCACGCCGUGGGCAGACCUUGCAAGCAGCCCUUCCUCCAGCCAGAGAAUCCCUCUAUGGACUCCAUCGGCCUCUGUUCUCCGCCUGUGAACUUCCUGCAAGAACUGCCCAGCUACCAGUCCACGGCACGCCGGAGGACCGCCGUCCCUGGCCGAGAAAAGCCAAGUGGCACUUUGCUGAAACCAACCGACUCUUACAGGUUCCCUUUGCAGGCAGACAUCACUGAGAACCUCACCAACCAGUCCAUCCGAAAGUAUGCUCUGAACAUCUCGGAUAAGCGGAGACUAAGGGACAUUCAGGAGACGCAAAUGAAGUAUUUAUCUGAGUGGGACCAGUGGAAACAGUACAGCAGCAAGUCUUGGAAGAGGUUUCGAGAGAAGGCUCACGAGUUUGCAACCCACCUGGAACUGUGGCGGGGAGACAUCCGCAGCAUAGAAGGGAAGUUUGGCACUGGAAUUCGAUCUUAUUUCUCCUUCCUGCGGUUCCUGGUGCUGCUGAAUUUGGUGAUGUUUCUGAUCAUCUUUAUGCUGGUGCUGCUCCCAGUCCUGCUAACCAAAUACAAGAUCACGAAUAGCAGUUUCAUGUUCAUCCCAGCCAAAGACAUAAAUAUACAGUGUACAGUGUAUCCAAUAAGCAGCUCUGGACUCGUUUACUUUUACAGUUAUAUCAUAGACCUGCUUUCGGGCACUGGUUUCUUGGAGGAUACCUCCCUCUUUUAUGGACAUUACACCAUUGAUGGGGUGAAAUUUCAGAACUUCACCUAUGACCUUCCUCUGGCUUAUUUGGUAAGCACAAUUGCUUACCUGGCCCUGAGCCUUCUUUGGAUCGUCAAAAGGUCUGUGGAAGGAUUCAAAGUCAACCUGAUUCGGAGCGAGGAUUACUUCCAGAGUUACUGCAACAAGAUCUUUGCCGGCUGGGACUUCUGCAUCACCAACCGCAGCAUGGCGGACCUGAAACACAGCAGCUUGCGGUACGAGCUCCGAGCCGACCUGGAGGAGGAGAGAAUACGCCAGAAGAUAGCGGAAAGGACCUCUGAAGAAACCAUACGGAUUUACUCUUUGCGACUGGUGUUGAACUGCCUGGUUCUGGCUGUUUUAGGGGCUUGCUUCUAUGGAAUCUAUAGAGCAACGACAUAUUCUCAAGAACACAUGAACAAAGAGAUUGACAAGAUGGUUUUUGGGGAGAACCUCCUGAUACUGUACCUACCAUCGAUUGUGAUCACGCUGGCCAAUUUUCUCACGCCAAUGAUCUUUGCCGUGAUCAUCCGCUACGAGGAUUACUCCCCAAGCUUUGAAAUCCGUUUGACAAUCCUGAGGUGUGUCUUCAUGCGAUUGGCCACCAUCUGCGUGCUGGUGUUCACCCUGGGCUCCAAGAUCACUUCCUGUGACAACUCUUUUUGUAGUCUCUGCGGUUACAACCAGAAUCUCUACCCAUGCUGGGAGACCCAAGUUGGGCAGGAAAUGUACAAACUAAUGAUCUUCGACUUCAUCAUCAUCUUGGCGAUGACACUUUUUGUGGAUUUUCCUAGAAAGCUCCUGGUGACCUACUGCUCCUCCUGGAAGGUGAUUCAGUUCUGGGGACAGCAGGAGUUUGCCAUUCCUGGUAACGUCCUGGGGAUCGUGUAUGGGCAGACCAUUUGCUGGAUCGGAGCCUUUUUCUCACCACUUAUCCCUGCAAUUACAACCAUCAAAUUCAUCAUCAUCUUUUAUGUGAAAGAGCUGAGCCUUGUCUACAACUGUAGACCCUCGCCGAGGCAGUUCCGAGCGUCCAAUUCUAAUUUCUUCUUCCUGUUGGUGCUGUUGAUUGGGCUGUGCUUGGCCAUCAUACCUCUGACCAUCAGCCUGUCACGCAUCCCUUCCUCCAAAGCCUGCGGGCCCUUCACCAACUUCAACACCUCCUGGGAGGUCGUCGCCCAGACGGUGAGCACCUUCCCCAGGUCCCUGCAGUCGCUGGUCAACGGCAUCACGUCGGAGGCCUUCGCAGUGCCUUUCUUCAUGAUCAUCUGCCUCAUCAUGUUCUACUUCAUUGCGCUGGCCGGGGCACACAAGAAGGUGGUGGACCAGCUGCGAGAACAGCUGUCCCUGGAAAGUCGUGACAAACGUUAUCUAAUCCAGAAACUAACGGAAGCCCAAAAGGAUAUGAGGAACCGACUAGGCUGAUGCCGAAAAUGCUGACCUAUCUUGUGUAUAAGCAAGAUGACUGCUGACGUUUUAAAGCAUGUCUGCAUUUCCAACGGAAAAUUGAAAACGUAUUUUCUAGACUUCAGACUUGGCCAGUGUGUAGCAGUGUGGCCCAUCAUCCCUAAAGCAGGCUGAAAACCAAGUCCCCGGGUCACUCCCUGCACCUGGAAAGUGGUUACUAAGGCCUGCACCUUUGCAGUCCUAACGGAGAAGAGGACUUUUACGUUAGAAAGUUUUCUGGACUUGGCUUUUCAAAUUAACUGUUGAGCCAUCCAUUCGGGAGACUGGGUUCCUUCUUUUGAACCAGGUUACAGGGGCCAGGGCUGAGGACCACUCCUUAGGACCUAGCGAGUCUUUUGAGUGAUUCUGCUCACCAAACGUGAGGCUCGGUUUUGGAAGUGCAGGGUAACCCUUGACUGGUGAUGGUGAGGGCAGAUGAUGAGACAAUGGAGACGAUGGUUGUGAAAUUUCGGCUCCACGGCAGUAGUCAGAAAGAGAGAGAAGCCCAUUGCUGACAGUGUGGCUAAGCGGAUCUUGGAGAGCCAAGUAUAGCCUUUGGUGAAGAGCACUGUUUCAGGCCCUCAGCCAUAAUGUCCUGCCUUUCUAGCAGUUCAGUUGCCGCAGGCUCCUUACUUGGGGAAGGCUGCCUUGGCGGGCUGGGUGUCCACAAGCCAUGGUCGCUUUCUAGUCAUCCUUAGGAGCCAGGGUUUGUCUGUGUUUGGUCUUCCGGAUGCCCUGAAGGGCACUGGAGUGCCCAGCCUGCUGGAAGGGGGCUGGUUAAGUUGGGAGCUGUGGGUUCCUGUGCUCAAGAGUUUGGGGAGAUCAGACGGGCUGCUAUGGACAUGAACCAAGGUGCGCGGAAUGCUGGUCUCUUCCACAGACACAGACGGAGUCCCCAUGUAGAAGGCCAGCCGUUUGCUUCCCUGGCAUUGAUAAAUGCGCCUGCUUUUAUGAAACCUGUGGUGUCUCUCUUCAAAUGUCUGACACAAUAAGAAUCACACGUGUGCCGAGCACCGCAUCUGCAGCUUACCCGAAAUUGAUAACGCUGAACACUAGGU